AUGUCGGAGAAUAAGGUACAUUUUCGGCACAUUUUGCUUUAUUAUUUCAAGAAAGGCAAGCGAGCUGCGGAGGCCCACCGAAAGAUAUGCGGCGUAUACGAGGACGAUGCCUUAACAGAACGUGCCGCUCAGAAAUGGUUUGCCAAAUUUCGUUCCGGAGAUACGAGUCUUGAAGAUGGACCCCGCAGCGGUCGGCCCACCGAGGUUGAUUCGAAUGAUAUCAAGGCACUGGUUGAACAAGACUGGACGCUAAAGGUGCGAGAGAUUGCGGAGACACUUAAAAUAGGUUAUGGAACCGUACAAAGGCAUUUGCAACAGCUUACUCGUUUCCAAUAA